CAAGGUGUUCUGUGGUAUGGUCGCGCCUGUGGUGUAAUCGUGGUUGGCUAGGAAGUCUAACCAUACGUUGGUUCUUUAUUCUAUGACCAUACGCUGCCGGAGUUCACCAUGAGUCUGACAUCUUUCAGCUUUACUGUGCGGGCUCUUCUGCGAAAGAAAGUUUCGCCACGAAGACUGCGAUGGGAACAAGUGGCAUCCAGCUGCGAGGUGCAGAAGCGGUCAGCGGGUCACUUCACAUUUGUUCCAGACACACCGUCGUCGUCAGAUGGAGAAACGGCACGGUUGAACCUCUAUCAAGCCAUUACUAACGCCUUGGACAUAACGUUGUCCAACGAUCCGACUGCCGUGAUCUUUGGCGAAGACGUGGCUUUCGGUGGCGUAUUUCGGUGCACGGUUGGCCUGCAAGAAAAGUACGGCAAACACCGCGUGUUCAACACGCCGCUGUGUGAACAAGGCAUCGCAGGUUUCGGUAUUGGGAUGGCCGUGGCCGGCGCUACGGCUGUCGCUGAGAUGCAGUUCGCGGACUAUAUCUACCCCGCUUUCGACCAGCUCGUCAACGAGGCGGCUAAAUACCGCUAUCGGUCCGGAGGACUUUUCAACUGUGGUGGCCUGACGGUGCGAGCACCGUGUGGUGCUGUUGGCCACGGCGCCCUGUACCACUCGCAGAGUCCGGAAGCAUUCUUCGCUCAUGUUCCGGGACUGAGGAUCGUCAUGCCGCGUGGUCCAAUUCAGGCCAAAGGUCUUCUGCGGGCAUGUGUCCAGGACCCGGACCCAUGCAUCUUUUUCGAGCCCAAGAUCUUGUAUCGUUUGGCUGUGGAGCAGGUUCCCCUGAAGGACUACACCCUGCCACUUGGCAAGGCGCAGGUCCUACAAGAAGGCGAUGACAUCACUCUCCUUGGUUGGGGCACACAGGUGCACGUUUUGCGGGAGGUGGCUCAAAUGGUGCAAGACAAGCUGAAUGCAUCGUGUGAGCUCGUCGACCUCUGCACACUGAUGCCAUGGGACAAGGAGACUGUGGCCAACUCUGUGCGGAAGACCGGGAGGCUUCUAGUUGCCCACGAAGCACCUCUUACUGCGGGGCUCGGAGCGGAGAUCGCUGCCGCAAUUCAGGAGGAGUGUUUCCUGAGCCUCGAAGCUCCAGUGCAGAGGGUAACUGGAUUUGACACUCCAUUUCCACAUAUCUUCGAACCAUUCUACCUGCCAGACAAGUGGCGAUGCUUCGAUGCCAUCAAGAAAAUGAUGAACUACUAGAAUUUCUAUUCUGCAAGCUCCCCAGCAUUGUAAAUCUGAAGUCAACGAUUACAGACAUUGAAACAGCUGUGUUCGCAAAUACAGGUUCCGAAAAAAUAAAGAGGCACUGGUAUGGGUUGUA